CUCUCCCACACGGACGCAGCAUACCUCCUCUUCACAAGCCACCGUGCGUGCUGGGGCUGACGCGAGUACCCGCAUACUGAGUGCGGACCGCGGAGUGCUGUUGCACGCAUCCUCGAUAAUUUUUUUCUCCGAUAGCCAAGCCUACAUUUUUCCCCGUCCUGACGCAGAAAAGAAUAGUGGCUUUGGAUCCGUCUUUCAUAAUACGCAUAAGCGCCCUCUCCACCCCGGUCUCGCUCUCUCAUCUCUACAGGAAGCUACAGACAAUUUCGGAAUAUGGUACCUCUCCGUGGCAAAGCCAUGUGACAAGGCUUUUCAUCAUUUGGUAUUUUUCCUCCCACAGCACAAGUCGCAGCUGGGUCCGUCCGUCUGCUGUGGCUUUGGUGAAUUUCAAAGAGUGGCCAAGUGAAGGAAAAAUAAAAAGCUCCUGGGAGAAAUGGAAGUUUUGGCCGUUGGCUUGGUCCGCUGAGGCUGCUGCUGCUGCUGGUGGUUUGGCGAUUGGUGCAGGGGGAAACUGCGUCGCCAGGUCUGAAAGGCUGGGGAUCUCGGGUCAUUAUAAACGGACCUGCCUUUCAAGAUAACAAGGUUUUCCCUCACGUUAUCGAAUGGUUACAGAUUUAUUCCUUUAAAUGAGCUGCCACGUCCUCCUGCCCCUCAGCUCCCCUUAACGCGUCGGCGUUUGGAUGCGGUUUUGUGUUCUCUGCGGCUCAGCGUCUCUCCGCUCGCCGAGAAUAUGAUUUAAUGUUGGGAAUUUCAACAGGGUGCCAGUCUAUGAGUACCUAGGAAUCUCUCCCUCGUUUCACCCACAGUCGAGCAUCGCACUAUCAAGAGAACGCAUCGAGGCAGAGAUCACCGGGAAUUUCCUUGACCAGAUGGACUAAAAAAGAAGCUUCUAUUCUCGGGAUUUUAACUGUUCGCUCUCACUCGGGGAGCUGUAGUUUUCUCUGGUUUUGGGGGGAAAUAAUCUGGACAUAAUGAAAGUUAUCUCGGCUAUGUUGCUUGUCGCCGUUUUUUGGAGCCAGGAGUGGAAGUCGGCGCUCUCGGAUUCAAUCAUCCACAUCGGCGCCAUCUUUGAUGAGUCAGCACGGAAAGACGACGAGGUGUUCCGCCUUGCUGUGGCAGAUCUCAAUUUGAACAACGAGAUCUUGGAGACGGAGAAGAUCACCAUCUCUGUGGAAUUCGUCGAUGGGAACAACCCAUUCCAGGCUGUGCAAGAAGCAUGUGAGCUGAUGAACCGCGGUAUCCUGGCUCUGGUUAGUUCAAUUGGCUGCAUGUCGGCAGGCAGCCUUCAGACUCUGGCCGACGCCAUGCACAUCCCCCACCUCUUCAUCCAGCGCUCCCCAGCGGGAACACCCCGGUCCGCCUGCCCGCCCACCAGUCGCUUGCCUGGGACUGAUGACUACACCCUAAUGGUUCGCCCACCUGUCUAUCUCAAUGAUGUCAUCAUGCAAGUGGUGUCUGAGUAUAGCUGGCAGAAGUUCAUCCUCUUCUACGAUUCGGAUUUUGAUAUCCGUGGUAUUGAGGAUUUUCUUGACCGGACGUCUCAGCAGGGAAUGGACGUAUCCCUUCAGAAGGUGGAAUCCAAUAUUAAUAUGAUGAUCACAAGUCUGUUCAGAACAAUGCGCGUGGAGGAGCUCCAUCGCUAUAGGGAUACACUACGCAGAGCCGUGCUGUUCAUGAGCCCAGCUACUGCCAAGGCUUUUAUCACUGAGGUGGUGGAGACCAACCUGGUGGCCUUCGAUUGUCACUGGAUCCUGAUUAAUGAGGAGAUCUCAGACUACGACUUGCAGGAGUUGGUCAUGAAGUCAAUUGGCCGGCUGACGUUGGUGCGGCAGAUGUUUCCCAUGCCCCAGAACACAACCCAGCGCUGUGUCAAACACAACCACAGGAUUAACACCUCUCUUUGUGACCCCAAAAACCCCAAAUCUCAGCAACUAGAGAUCACCAACCGCUACAUCUAUGAUACUGUGCUGUUGCUGGCCAACACCUUCCACAGAAAGCUGGAGGACAGGAAGUGGCACAGCAUGGCGAGUCUGAGCUGCAUCAGGAAGAACUCCAAACCGUGGCAGGGAGGCAAGAGCAUGCUGGAUACCGUCAAAAAGUUCGGAGUGAGCGGCCUCACCAGUUUCCUGGAGUUCACUGACAACGGCUCUAACCCCAAUAUCUUCUUUGAGAUUCUGGGAACAAAUUAUGGAGAAGACAGGGGGCGAGGAGUCAGUAAGCUCGCAACGUGGGAUCCAGUUCAUGGAUUGAAUGGCACACUGACAGACAGGAAAUUGGAAAAUAACAUGAGGGGAGUCGUGCUCCGAGUCGUCACUGUUCUGGAGGAGCCAUUUGUAAUGGUGUCCGAGAAUGUUCUGGGGAAACCAAAGAAGUACCAGGGCUUUUCCAUCGACGUCCUGGAUGCCCUGUCUAACUACCUGGGCUUUAAGUAUGAGAUCUAUGUCGCUCCAGAUCACAAAUACGGCAGCUUGCAGCCCGACGGUCAGUGGAAUGGACUGAUGGGCGAACUGGUCUUCAAGAGAGCCGAUGUUGGACUUUCCGCCCUGACCAUCACGCCUGAGCGAGAGAGCGUUGUGGACUUCACCACGCGCUACAUGGAUUAUUCUGUGGGCGUUCUUCUGCGCAAGGCCGAGCGCACUGUGGACAUGUUUGCCUGCCUGGCACCCUUCGACCUGUCACUGUGGGCGUGCAUUGCAGGCACUGUGCUCCUCGUUGGCAUCCUGGUGUACUUGCUGAACUGGCUCAACCCACCUCGGCUACCUAUGGGAUCCGUGUCUUCAACGACACUCUACAAUUCCAUGUGGUUUGUGUACGGCUCCUUCGUGCAGCAAGGUGGAGAGGUUCCCUACACCACCCUAGCUACGAGGAUGAUGAUGGGCGUCUGGUGGAUGUUUGCUCUAAUUGUCAUCUCCUCGUAUACUGCCAAUCUCGCAGCUUUCCUCACCAUCACGCGCAUAGAGAACUCCAUACAGUCUCUGCAGGACCUGUCCAAGCAGACGGAGCUGCCUUACGGUACAGUGCUGGACUCUGCAGUAUACGACCAGGUGCGCUCCAAGUCUAUGAACCCCUUCGAGCGAGAUCCCAUGUACUCCCAGAUGUGGAGGAUGAUUAAUCGCACUGGAGGAGGAGAUAAUAACGUUGAGGAAUCAAAAGAAGGCAUUCGCAAGGUGAAGUAUGGCCGGUUUGGCUUUGUGUGGGAUGCAGCGGUGCUGGAGUACGUCGCGAACAAUGACGAAGAUUGCUCCUUCUACACCGUAAGCAACACUGCACCCGACCGCGGAUAUGGCAUCGCCAUGCAGCACGGCAGCCCCUACAGAGACAUUUUCUCGCAGAGAAUUUUGGAACUCCAGCAGAACGGAGACAUGGAUAUACUCAAACUGAAGUGGUGGCCCAAGGACAGCCCCUGUGACCUCUACAGCUCAAUCCAGACACGACAGCGUGGCAGCGCUCUAGACAUCCACAGCUUCGCUGGGGUUUUCUGUGUCCUGGCAGCCGGCGUGGUCCUCUCCUGCCUCAUUGCCAUGGUGGAAAGCUGGUGGUCGCGAAGGAAGGGAUCCAGGGUCCCCUCCAAGGAGGACGAUAAGGAGAUCGACUUGGAGCACCUACACCGCCGGGUUAACAGCUUGUGCACCGAGGACGAAAGCCCCCACAAGCAGUUCUCCACCUCUUCCGUCGAUCUAACACCCCUUGACAUGGAUGCGCUGCCUGCCGCCCGCCAGGCGCUCGAGCAGAUCAGCGAUUUCCGCAACACCCACAUCACCACCACCACCUUCAUCCCCGAGCAGAUCCAAACCUUAAGCCGUAGCCUCUCCGCGAAAGCCGCCGCUGGAUUUUCUGCCGGUUUUGGUGGCGGUGGCGGUGGUGGGGUCGGCCUCCAGGACCACCGAACUGGCGGGGUUGGCCCAUUCAGGCAGAGGGCCCCGAAUGGUGGCUUCUUCCGUAGCCCUAUUAAAACAAUGUCCUCCAUCCCCUACCAGCCCACAGGUCCGGGACCCAACUUUGGAUAUGGCAACGAUCCAGACAGGGGCACCUCCAUAUGAGGAGUUACUAAGGGUGUGGUUGGUUUGGGAGCAAGAGUAGAAGAAGGAGGAGGCAAGGUGGUCAGGGUUUGUUGUGGGUUGGUAGAACAGCUACAUUGUGGCUAAGCUAAAAAGUCAGAAGACAUAGAUCUGUGUACAUAAGAAUCUUUCUGUUUUCAGUUUCUGCUUGGGUGUUUCAAGGGGUGUCUAUUUUGCACGUGGAGAAGACAAAGGAGGUGGAGGUCAGUUGGGGCAUUUCUUAUCCUCCUGUUAACCAUGCUGGUGAGGUGCCAGAAGUGAAAGGCUGGGGGGUUUGAAUAUUUGCUUUAUUGUUGUUGUUCUUGUGAUUGUUUGGGGGAUUAUUUUGGGGGAUAUGUGUGAAAGAGGGACAUUUUUUUUUAUUAUUUCUGUUUUAUGACAUGAGGACUGCCUCAUGUGAUGGAAAUUGACUCCUAUUAUUGUCUGAACCCACCUCAGGGGGUUUAGUUUAUACUUGUGCACCGCCAGGAAACAGGCUACUUCUAUAUUGUUGUUAGCUCCCUGGAUGAUUUUGGCAGGUGACUGGUGGUCUCUUCAGCCAUGAAACUACUUCAAGGGGCUCCAACUUAAUAAGCAAUUAUCGGGCCGGUAUUUUGUGAAGGUAUAUAUAUAACAUUUAGUUUUGUCUGUAGCCCUGGGAAUACAUACAGCAGCCCCUUGUAGUGUUUUGAAAAGGUCCCAUCUCAGUGAAUAUUGGAAGAUUUCGCUUCUCCAGUUUUACUCUGCCUUUUCAUUACAUGGAAGUCCAAACUCAGUUUUCUCUUCUCUGGUAGGGUGGGAAAUACGCGAUCAUCUCCAAGAUGGUGUCCACACGGUGGCCUGACUAGACCCAAGACUUUACAGCUGAACACAUGCUGACACCUUCGCGGUGCAUUGGUCUGAAAACUGUUGAAACGCCAUGACAGUGCAACAGUACGACACUGUAGAAUCGCCAGUUUGGUGCAUCGAUCUUAAACUACUUCUGCCAUUUUGGUGCAUCAGCCUGAAACUGUUUUCACCAUUUUGAUGCACAUUAAACUCUUUGUGAAGCCCACUGCACUGUACCAGUGCCCACAGACCUGUAAGUGAUUGUAUGUAGAUCUGACCUUCUUUUCUUUUCUCACCUGUACUGUGCUAUCUGCUUUUCAAGUCAAGGUGAGACUAAUCAGACUCUAAGAGGUAUGGUAAAAAAGGGAUAACAUAAAAAGCAGCUUAAAGACUAAAAAAAAAAAUAAAAUACAAGCCGAAAGACUUCAAAAAGCUUAUGCUUAUUAUAUGUCUUUUAUUGAAUUAUGUUUUUGACAAAAAAAAAAAUAGAUUUUAAUGCGUGGAAUGUGUUUUGGUCAGGACGUACAAAAAAAAAAAUAACGAUGUUCUGAGCUGUCUACUUGUUUUUUUUCUCUCUGCAAACUUUGAAAAACUGCUAAAUGAGUGCUGUAGUCUCUGGUUUUGCAUCAUGAAGUCAUUCAAACUUCUCCUACUUUUGAUUUUUCUUUGUUUUGCUUAACUUUACUGCUACCAUGGCCCGGGUGUUUAAAAGAAAAAAAGCUCAUUCUGUGACGUCACGUCAUAAGCAAGCUCAUUAAUCACUUCUUAUCAGGGUCAAGUGGUGAAAUGGAGUUGAUUUCAUCUCGAAGAUAAGCCAUUGCAGCAGCAUCUUCAGUACAGGCCUUAUGUCAACUGUAUAGCUGUACCCUCCCAACCUCCAGUCGAACCCAAAUUAUCACCGUGUACUGGAGAUAUUGAAGAGCGAAUCAGUUCUUGUGCUGUUGGUCAUGGGAACAUCCUGAAGAGUCAACAGCCAUCGGAGUCCAAUGGCUGCCUUUUAUGAGAUGAGUCCAAAAUACGCAUCUGUUUCAUAUCUCUCAUGUUAAGGGUACUGUUUAUAUAACUUUUUUUUUUGUUUUUUUUUUAAGUGCCAAUUAAUUAAAAUGAGACGAUUAAGGUGCAUUUCGGGAUGGGGAAUAGGAGCGGUACAUGACGUGUGUAAAAGGAAUAUUUUGUGAUUAGAGGGUGGGUUGGUAAAACGGAACCAAACCUUUUUCACUAACACUGUAUUAAUAAUUGAUAAUGUUAGUUGUUUAGAACAGGUUUUCAGUUUGUUAUCUUUAAGAACUAAAACUGCAAAAUGUUGUGUGUAGAGAACUCAGUCAAGCCACAGUGUUUUGAAGCAAGCAUUCUUAGGCAUUUCUUUUCUUAUAUUAGGCUACAGUAUGGCUAUUGAAUGACAAAUAGGACACAGACGUUAAAUUUUUUUUAAUUUACUAUAAAUGAAAGAGACAUUAUAAAAAUGUAUAUUUUACAUGCUGAUGCUAUUUUUGUUUAACAAAAAAAAGAAAAGAGUAUAUCAUGUUGAGCUAUAGUGUUGAGUUGAGCAGCCACUUUCUUGCAUCUGGUCCUGCCCAAGGUAAACAUGAACACGUACACACAAACUAUCUUUUGCUUUUCUCAUGUCAUCCUGAGUUCGUUUUAUUAUUUGCUGGCUAAAAUAACAAAAAAGUGGCAAGUUCACUAAAAAGGAAGCAUGCACAAACUUGCUGUUUUUGCUAUAUGUUAACAUUUUUAAUUUCAUACAUAGAACUACAGGAUUUACUUGAUAAUUUUCAAAAAUUAUGAUGUACAGUAUUUAAUAUAGGCCUAUUUUGUUGUAUGUGUUGCAUAUUAUUCAAAAACCGAACAAACUGGGGCCUCUGUUACAAGUGGCAAAGCUUUCUGUGUAUAAUUUGUCUAAUAAACAGGUUUUCUACA